CCCUCCAACAACGACAUCUAUGGCCGGUUGGGUUGACAGCUCGUUGUCGACUUGCUGGUGCACGCUGUUUGCGUCCUUUAUUUCCAUUGUCUGAUUUGGUGCUGCGUUUGCUGGAUAACGGCAGCGUUGAGACAAGAUGGGGAAACUCAUCCGCCUCGAGCUUUUCAACUUUAAAUCAUACAAGGGUCACCAUGUGCUCCUCUUUGGUGAUGCCUAUUUCACAUCGAUUAUCGGACCCAACGGGUCUGGCAAGUCGAAUUCGAUGGAUGCGAUUUCCUUCGUUCUAGGUAUCAAAUCAUCCCACCUGCGAUCCACGAACCUCCGCGAUCUGGUCUACCGUGGCCGCGUCCUACGAACCGCCAAGCUCGACGCCGAGGGUAAUGCGAUCGAACAACCUACAAAUGGCGACGACGAGGCCGAAGAUGGAAUCGACGGAAUCGAUUCGCAAGACCCGAACGCAUCGCAAGAUCCAAACGGAACACAAGACCCGAGAACGGCAUGGGUUAUGGCGGUUUACGAAGACGAUGCCGGCGAGGAGCAACAAUGGCGGCGGUCCAUUACGAGCCAGGGCGUUAGCGAAUACCGGAUAAACAACCAGGUCGUAUCUGCACAGCAAUACAACGAGGCGCUGGAGACGGAGAACAUUCUUAUCAAGGCGCGCAACUUCCUUGUCUUCCAGGGUGAUGUUGAAGCGAUUGCGGCGCAGUCUCCGAAGGACCUUACGCGGUUGAUUGAGCAGAUCUCGGGUAGCUUGGAAUACAAAGCGGAGUACGAGAAAUUGAAGGUGGAAGCUGAGGAGGCUGCUGAGCAGCAAACUGUCCAGCUUCACCGUCGGAGAGGUAUCAACUCGGAGAUCAAGCAAUACCAGGAACAGAAGCGCGAGGCCGAUAGCUAUUCUAGAAAAGCAGAGGAACGCGACCAAGCUAUCAUUACCCAUAUCUUAUGGAAGCUGUUCCAUUUCCAACGCUUGAUCGACGACUCCAGCGAAGAGAUCCAGAAGUACCAGGAUGAGCUCAAAGAAUACCGCCGCGGUGUCGAGAAGUACGAGAAGGACGUCGAAAAUGCGAAGAAAGACCACGCUAAAGUCGGGCGAGAUGUCGCGAAAGCCGAGAAGAACAUCACGAACAAAGAGAAGCAGAUCGAGGAGGCUAAUACUUCCUUGGUCCCCGUGGACGAAAAGGUCGACAUUACCGUGAAAAAAGUCGAAAGGUUCGCUUCGCGGAUCGCUGAGAUUGGCAAGGAGCGCGAGGCACAGUUGGCCAACACCAAGCAAUUGGAGAAGGACCUCAAGGUUGUCGAAAAGGCACAGGCCCAGUGGGAAGCUGAAUGGCAGAAGUCCAUGAGCAAGCAGGGUAUCCAGCUUAGCGACGCCGACCAGCAAGACUGGACAACAUACGACGCCAGCGGAAGACGGAAGCUGAAGCUGUGAACAGUCUUAAGAGCAAAUUCGAGGGCACCGAGUGGCAGCUGCAUAGUCUGGAAUCAGAUAAACAGUCUCUGGAAGAGCGUCAGGAGUCGAU